AGCGAUGUACCAUACCUAGGUACUUUACCUUGUUGAAGAACCUGGCCAACAGUCAAACCGGGGCUAUUUUUGACUAUACCACGCAUUGCUAUCAGUAGCAUAUCCCUUGCCGUUGAUCCCGGAUACAGUAAAACAGCUUAGUAGCAACCCUGAAAUCCUUCGACUUGGGGGGUUCAAUCACACUUCAAUUGAUCGGUUUACGACGGUAUUUUUCCCUUCAAGUCUGUCCAAUUUAACCCUAUACCCAACAGUAUGCCUGCUGUUCGUAUCACGCUCAUAGGAGCUGGUACCAUCGGCCUGUCCUUUGCAGCACUUCAUCUUGGGACAUUGGAAGAGGCGGAACUGGUUAUUUACGAUACCAGACCAGAUAUAGAACGCUACAUACAUGAGACGCUUCCUGGGUACUUCGGCGGCAGCUCCUCAGGGAAAGACACUGUUUCCUCGUUCAUCUCCUCAGGCCGGCUGCGCAUCAUAUCUCAGCUGGAUGACGCUGUGCGCAACAGCCACAUAGUACAGGAGCAAGGCCCUGAGAAUGUCCCAUUCAAACAAAAACUCUGGCCAGAAAUAGAGAAACACGCGCCACCAGAGUGCCUCUUUUGGAGUAGCACCUCUGGGAUCCCAGCGUCCGUGCAGUCCGUGGAUAUGCGCUCACCUAGCCGCUUGCUUGUUGUGCAUCCAUAUAAUCCGCCGCAUCUCAUGCCGCUGAUUGAGAUUGUGCCUUCCCCCAUCACGGAAGCCCGUCUCGUGGAAGAGACGGUGGAGUUUUGGAAGAAGCUAGGCCGACAGCCCGUGGUGCUCAAGAAGGAGGUCACGGGGUUCGUGGCCAACAGAUUGGCAUUUGCGCUUCUGAGAGAGGCGGUCCAUCUUGUCAACGAAGGCGUGGUGUCGGCACAGGAGCUGGAUGAAGUGGUUGAGAGCUCGAUGGGACCGCGUUGGGCUGUCACUGGCCCUUUCAAAUCGUACCAUAUGGGCGGUGGAGCUGGGGGUAUGGGAGGCCUUUUGAAGAACAUCGGUGGAACGAUUCAGGCCUGCUGGGAUGAUGCUGGAAUGCUGAAAAUGGGAGAUGGGUGGGAGAAGACCAUUCUUCAACAGACGACAGAGGCCUAUGGUGAUGUGAAGCGUGAUGACUUAGAGAAACGAGAUGAGAUGACAAAGCAGGUUCUUUCUGCCAAAAGCAGAGUAAGAGCGCGAGAUGGAUCAGAGAGGUGAUGGGGAUCUACUCAUAUAUAGGCUAUUUUAGGUCACGGUUGAGAACACAGACACGAAUACCUCCUAGCAAUGCAGAUCAUGUUUGAUGAUUGCUUUUAGACUAUUGGAAUAGAUCUUAACGGCUCAGC